AUGGCAAUGUCAAUUCGAGGCAAGCCUCCACAGCGUUCAACAAAGGCGCUGAUGGACUUAAUCAAGCGGUCAAGCUUUCUCGAGAACAAAUCCAGUGAUGCUGAAAGCUUUAUUUGGCUUGCAUGUUUGGUUGUAUUUUCCGGUACCAAUCGUCUCGGACUCGGAAAAUGGCGCCGCGAGAUCUCCCUCAUUAAGUGGGCUUUUGCUCAGUUUUCCGAGACUAGAGUAAGGUAUUCAAGAUAA